UGCAUUCUUUUUGUGUAGCCAGGAUGGAUUUGUAGCUCAAUUGAUUCAACUCUUUAUUGAGAACAUGUUAUGUGCUGAAGUCUGUGUUUAGUAGAUGUCAGCUAGUGUCAAAGGCAGUGAGACCUAGCCUAUAAACUACUUAAGGUAAAGUCAUAGAGGAAGAAGUUAUGAGUAUUGUUUCAGACAAGAACACUGAGAAGCAAAUAAUCAAAAGAUCCAAGUACAGUAACAUUAGAAAUAAUAAUUUAUAUUAUAGGGGGCUGCAUGGGGAUUUUCCAAGAACAAAUAGGUUGGUCACAUGAAAGAGAAGCAUGUGGUAGACGAGCCCUGCUUUCUUGGUAGCCUAUGUUAUUUCUCUACCGCUUUAGAAGUGUUGGCUCUGAGCCUGGGAUCUCUGGUGCAGGAAGCAGGAAAGACAUAGAUGCCUCCAAAAGUGCUUUGCCAAGUAGGAGAAUUCUGCUAGAGUCCAUCAUGGAAGUUCCAGCUCUGAGAAUGACAGGACCAGCUUUGCCUUACAUGGCUGAAAUGUGUGUGCCUGUUGUGUGACUCUUCAAACUUCACCUGCCACACGGAAGGUGCGUGCUGGGCCUCGGUGAUGCUCUCCAAUGGGAAAGAACAGGUGAUAAAGUCCUGUGUGUCCCUCACUGAGCUGAAUGCUCAGGUCUUCUGUCACAGUUCCAACAAUGUCACCAAAACAGAGUGCUGCUACACAGACUUUUGCAACAACAAAACACUGCACCUCCCAAAAGCAUCACCAAAUGUCCCCACGCUUGGACCCACAAAGCUGACGGUUGUUAUCACUGUGCCAGUCUGCCUUCUGUCGGCAGCCGUGGUGCUGGCCAUGUGGGCAUGCCAAGGCCGACAGUACAGAGACAGAAAGAGAAGGAGACAGAACGUGGAGGAAGCCCUAUCUGAUUGCAACCUGGUAAAUGCUGGAAAAACUCUGAAAGACCUGAUCUAUGACACGACAGCAUCCGGCUCUGGCUCUGGUCUACCUCUGUUGGUCCAAAGAACAAUUGCCAGGACAAUUGUACUUCAAGAACUAGUGGGUAAAGGUAGAUUUGGUGAGGUUUGGCAUGGAAGAUGGUGUGGAGAAGAUGUGGCUGUGAAGAUAUUUUCCUCCAGAGAUGAAAGAUCUUGGUUUCGUGAAGCAGAGAUUUAUCAGACUGCGAUGCUGAGACAUGAGAACAUUCUCGGCUUCAUUGCUGCUGACAACAAAGAUAAUGGAACUUGGACUCAGCUGUGGCUUGUUUCUGAUUACCAUGAACUGGGCUCCCUGUAUGACUACUUGAACAGAAACAUAGUGACAGUGGCCGGGAUGGUCAGAUUGGCAUUCUCCAUAGCCAGUGGCCUGGCCCACCUUCACAUGGAGAUUGUGGGCACACAAGGUAAGCCUGCUAUUGCUCACCGAGAUAUUAAAUCAAAAAAUAUCUUAGUGAAAAAGUGUGAAACUUGUGUUAUAGCUGACUUGGGGUUGGCCGUGAAGCAUGAUUCAAUGCUCAACACUAUUGAUAUACCUCAGAAUCCUAAGGUGGGAACCAAAAGGUACAUGGCUCCUGAAAUGCUUGAUGACACAAUGAACGUGAGCAUCUUCGAGUCCUUCAAACGUGCUGACAUCUACUCUGCUGGGCUGGUCUACUGGGAGAUAGCCAGAAGGUGUUCAGUUGGAGGAAUUGUUGAGGAGUACCAGUUGCCCUACUAUGACAUGGUGCCUUCAGACCCCUCAACAGAGGACAUGAGGAAAGUUGUUUGUGAACAGAAGUUUCGGCCAAAUAUUCCAAACCAGUGGCAGAGCUGUGAAGCACUCAGGGUCAUGGGAAGAAUCAUGCGGGAGUGCUGGUAUGCCAAUGGGGCGGCUCGCCUAACUGCCCUUCGCAUUAAGAAGACCAUUUCCCAGCUUUACAUCAAGGAAGAUUGUAAAGCCUAAGAUGACAACUGUGUUAACAAAAACCCAACUGCUCACAGUCUCUCCCCCUCUUUAUGUGAAUGCUUUUGCCUUUUUGUUUUUAUUCUACCUCAGAGAUAUUGCAGUACAGUAUUGAAGUGCCCAAAGCAGCAUGAGAAAUAAUCUCUCAUGUCAAGCAUGGACAGGAGUUGAGUUUAUUCACUCUUCAUGUUGUCUUAACUUUAAAAAUUAACACAUUCACUCAUCUUUUUUAUUUAAUAAGAAAGAUAUUAUAAAUAUGUAAAAUAAGCUGUGUAAAACUAAUAAAAGUCAUUAAGAUUUUA